UUGCAGAUAUUUAUAAUUUUGUUAAUAUGGAAAGAUCUCGUCGAAGAAAGAUUGUUCAAACCCCCCUCACGUGUAAAUUCUGUCUUCGCGGAUUUAGAUUCAUUAGCUGUCGGGAAUUUCAUGAGGAAGAGUGUACUAUUCGCCUACCCUCAUUUUCCAAUGUUGUUUACUUACCAACUAGAAAAGUUGAAAGAACCUUAAGAGACCAAGGCUCGUCAUCGGAGGAUGAGGAGGAGGAUAAGAAGACGGAACGGGAGCUUCGUCGUGAGGUCAAGGAUACCGACUCCGAACUAAGCGACGCGGAGGAUCCCGCGGAAACGGACUUGUUAAGAGAUCCCUCAAAUCAAAUUUGUAAAAGUUGUGGAAAGACUAUGGCCGACGUGACUUCAAUAAAUUUACAUGAUGCUGCACUUCAAGAAGAAGAGUAUUUGUCAUCCCUAGAACCCAGGCCGGAAGAGGACGUUUCCAUAAAUCUUAAAAAUUUCAGAUUUUAUUGUGAAGAACUUCACCUAGUUAAUAUUAUAGAAUCAGGCUUAAUUGAAAAGAACAAAGUUGUUUUGGGGGAUGGAUUGGUUGAGUGGUUAGACGGACCACCUACUCUGAUACAAUUAUCACCCAUCAAUGGCUGGACUAUAACUCCGUUGAAGCCAAAGGAUUGUUUUUUCUACGCGGUGACUUCGGAAAACGAUUCCUCACCUAAUUACAUCCUUACGGAACCGUCAGAUGAGUAUCUUCCUAUAAUUGAAACAAGCGAGCUCAAAAAGGAAUUAUACAAAUACAUUCUACAAUAUUCUGGUUCAGAGUAUGAUGAUGAUUGGAACACGUUCCUGGAUUGGUUAGUGGGAAAGAACGCUUUGUUAGACUAUGAUUUUCUACGGAAGAAUUCGGAUUUCAUUAUAGUUCAAACUCGUGAUGAACCGGAACUCAGAUCUUUGAGAAUAUUCAAGGAAAUCGAGGGAUUAAGAAAUGGAAAACGAAACAGAAAAGCUCUCGUCCAAUCUUUCUCUCCAGAUUACCAUGAUCCUAUCCCCUCCACCUCUUCCUCCAGUUCACCAUUAAGAAGCCCCCGCGGGUUUCUUAGAGUGUGGGGACGUCGUGGAAUGCCGCGUCUUCAAGUAACUUCUGAUGAAUUAAUUCGUGGUGCCGCAGCUGAAGUGAGAACUCCAAGAGGGAAAUCUUCAGCACGCCGGGGAAGGAGGUCACGUGGAUGGGCACCUGCACCUCCUGCUAUAUCUACAGUCAAAACUGACCCUUGUCAAGAUAGUGUUUUAGACUCGGACUCGGACAUUGAGAUUCUUUUUGAACAAACUUGAUUUUUUUAAAUUGUAAAUAUCUGCAACUCGCGUGUGAUAGGUGGUAAACCAGAAAAUGAAAUAAAACCGGUUCUUCAAUCUACUGAUAAAAUU